CGAUGCGAGAUUCCUCCGCACCGCUCGAAGAUCCGUCGUCGAGACCUUCGGAGAGCACGAAGGUACGAACCCGGGCUGGCGGGUUCGUCUUCCCGGGUGAUCACACACAUCAGGUCCAAGCCGAGGUUAGCGCAGUUGGGUUCGAUCAUUCGAUUACGAAACCUGGUCGAAAUCGGACUUCUCGUACGGUGUUGUGAGAUGCUGCGGAGCUAGCUCGUGGUGUGGUGCUGAUCUGAGCAGAAUUUUACACAAGUGCAACGUUACUGUGACCUGUGCGUGGUGUAGUUGGGGAAAAGACAAAACUGACAGAACUGUCAAAUCGAUUGGAAAAGUGGAACAUUCAUUGUGUGGCAUUUAUUUGUGUGUACGUGUUUCAAGGACCUCAGUGCAAAAGCAAAAUGAGUUCGGCGUACGUUCAGCAGCAGUACAACCAUAGUGCGAUGUACGGCGGAGGAGGCAUGAUGGGGUCCGUCGGUGCAGGAGGCAUGAUGGAUACUUCGUCCUACAACCAUUACAACAGCGGUAUGUCCGCUAUGGGCAUGGUCGGAACGGGACUCUGCUAUGGCUACGGAACUGACAGUGGAUCGUCGGAAGGGUAUCACAGUCCGGGACCGGUCUCGAGUCCCGAGUCGUACUACAACAAUACGAGCCCGGCCGAAUACAGUCCAUCGAGUCCGUACACCAACUAUGGGUACUGUAGUGGAGGAUCUGGGUCGGGAAUUCAAACCACCCAUGGCAACAAUACGUCCGCCACCAGUACCAGUACUCAAAAUGUGUCCUGCGAGCCGUAUUAUAGCUACACCAGCAACAACUUCAAGACCGCCUGUCCAACAGUUCCUCGCUAUAGUGCGACCGAAUCGAAUCCCGCCUCCGAUCGGCCUGCGCUGCUGAAUAGCUACCAGAAGCGAGAAGAAGGCGCACAGUCGCUCGAAGUUCAAGCUGUACUCCGACCUGCUACCGCAUCAGUUGCUGCGAAACGACCCGCUACUGUCACACAUCAACUUCCGAUCGCCGGUAGCUACUACAAUCCCUACGCAGUACCGAUGGCUAGAAAUCGAUCCAGUCCUGCGCACAGCUCCAGCAGCUCCGUAUCUCCCACUCCAUCCCAAUCCAGCGGACAGUCGGUGGGGGUAGUGCAGCCGGAAAUCGUCAAGAAACGCCGUCUGGCAGCAAAUGCACGAGAACGGCGAAGAAUGAACAGUUUAAACGAUGCGUUCGAUCGGCUGCGGGAUGUGGUGCCUUCGCUGGGGAACGAUCGGAAGCUGUCCAAGUUCGAGACGCUCCAGAUGGCACAGACGUACAUAGCAGCACUGAACGAGCUGCUUUCGCGAGACUGAGACUGAUGUGCUGUGUGUGCGAACUUUGAGCUUUUGUAAUAUAGUGUACCGUAGUUAGGAUGGUGCUUUAGACGAGUCAUUUGUAAAUACAUUCGAAGCUAGAAUUUGAACAAUUUUCAGUGAAGAAGGCUAACAUACCAAGAGUAACACUAGAAUUAGUCGGGCAUGAUGUCCCGAAGCAUGUAUUCUGAAUAGCGUUAGGGUAAAUUAGUUACAUGGAGCAGGUACUUGGCAGGUCAUCUCCAAAGCGAGUGGUACUAGACGCGCCGUAAUCAUUAGACGAGGCACGAAAAAGAAACAAUUUAAAGGAGAAAGCGAAACAGAGAAAGAGACAGACAGAGAGAGAGAGGCAAGACUAAAUGUGUAUACUUAAGCAUUUAAUGUGUGACCCAUGGUUUUGUGCAGUAGGUCACUCUCGAUUGUGGUGGAACCCUCCUGGAGAGGAGCGAAAGGCCACGUGCAUCGGGGUGGAGGAGCACAGGAAUCUUCAUCGAACAUUCGGCCGAGACCACAAAAUCGAACCGUCAUUGUUGGUACAAGAGCCAGGAAUACUUCGAUAAUCGUGCGCAAUUGCUCGAAAUUAAGGUGUGAAAUCGAAAACGGAAUGAACGAUAACGGACGGCGCUGGGGUAGGAAGGUGGUGGCGCUCCUCGUCCAAACGGGAGCAGGAAAAUAAAGAAAUAUGCCCUGGAAAGUAAACGAUAAAUGCUAAA